CGUUAUGGGCCGAACCCAGGCAGGUGAGACUAGUGUAGAUGGGACAUGUUGGGCGGUGUGGGCAGGUUGGUCUCCACACUGUAUGACUCUUAUGAACAAAACAUUUGUUGCUUCGCUUGCCGCAUUAGAUGCGUUCACAGAGCCCAUUGAAUUCUAUGCCCCAUUGUGGCUCUGCCUUUAACUCUGAAUCAACCCGUUAAACUGAAGCGGACGCUCUUAAGUUUGAAACGUAAUCAAAAUAAAAGUGAGUGCCGUAUGCUGACAAAGAUGUUGGCAGUCUGAAAUACAAUACAACACGCUGUAAACGCGGAGUCUGUUGCUGGGUCGGUGGUGUUUCUGGGCAAGGAGGUGUCUGUGUUGUGUUGUGAAGCUGGAGCUGUCGUUGCUGUGACCAGGGAAUCAACAGCACAGUUUCAGUUUCGUUUGUGUGGAAACUGUGAGGAGCAGCGAGCGGCCCGGCCUGGCCUGUGUGGCAUCGAGUUCCCGUGGGUGCUGCACCAUGUCCUACAGCGACUACGCUUGGAUUCGGUCGGAGAGAAGGAUCGCUAACCAGUCCAGAUCUACAGCCCACGACAGGACCCUGUACUACGACAGAAGGAUUUGGGACACAAUCGGCAGCAGCAGCCGAACCCCCUACUCUCGGAUCCCGGACAACAUCCUUCAACUUCGUCAGGCGAGAUCCCACUGGGAAACGUAUCCAACCGGGAGAGAUUUCGCAUAUCAAGAUUAUCCUAGUGAGCGACCUUCCCAAGGGCCAACGGACUCAAUGGGUAACAUAACCAUCCAAUUCUCUCGAAGCUCAGAGCGUUUAGUGAAGGUUACAGAACCAUGCGUCAGAACAAUCAGCGAACCAGCACAGGAAAGCAAUGCAAACACUGAUUCAAUGGAGAAUUCUGCCGGAAAUGAAAAGCAAGUUCAUGAAGCAACAGCCUGCAGUAGCUGUGACGGAAAUACCCUUGAUGUAGACCAUAAACAAAGACCCACAAGAUUCAGUGAUGGUGAGUUUUUGGGCCUCAUGAACACAGGCAACAGCUGCUGUAUCAAUGUCCUUCUGCAGACACUGUUUAUGACACCAGAAUAUAGGAACUUUCUUUCCAGGUGUCGACAAGAAGGCUUCCUGAAAAAUGCACGCGAUCACAUCCUGUAUCAACUUGAUGAAAUGUUCCAGAAACUGCAGAAUUUUGGUGCAAGAAGAUUUACAUCGCCUCUUAAAUUUAUUCACUGCUUAAGUUUAAACCACAUAAACAUUGGGAUUCAAAUGGAUGCUGAAGAAUUAUUCCGUUCCCUCUUUUGUCUGGUACAAAAUCAGUUGAAGGGGACAGACCUUAUCACAGAUAUGAAUGACAUUUACAUUAUUACCACUGAAGAAUAUACAAAGUGCACUGAAUGUCAGCAAGAAAUUAAACUGAAUGGAAACAUGCUGACUCUUCCACUUUCUAUAUGCGACCCCUCAACAGAAACGCCUCUUAAGAAUAUAGAGAAUUCUCUAGCCAACUUCUUUGAACCCCAAAGGUUAGACGCUGGUAACAUGUGCUAUUGUGAGCAAUGUGGACGAAAGACAGUCACAAUAAAGAGUUAUGGAAAGAUUUUGUAUCCACAAAUACUGUGUUUACAGAUGAAACGCUUUUCUUCAUAUUAUGGAAGAACAUUCAAGAAUUAUGAUUUUAUGGAGUUUCCUGAGAGUUUGAAUUUGACAACGUUUGGGGACGAAUCUCACAGCGAAAGGAACAAGUUUCAGUACCAGCUCAUGUCUGUGAUUGUACAUAUGGGUAGUGCGACAUUUGGCCAUUAUUACGCUUAUAUACGAACCUUCCCUGAGAUGUGCUGGUAUAGUUUCAUGGAUGAACAUGUCAGUAAAGCAACGUGGGAAGAAGUAAAAAGUACAUUUGGAUCUUCACAGAGGUAUUCGAGUCGAAGUGGUUUCCAAAUGGAUGGAACAGCUUAUCUUCUAUUUUAUAGAAGAAUGGAUGUCAGCCAAAAUGCAGCAGACUGAAAGAACAUAUCUCCCAAGCUAUGGCUGAAUUUCAGAAUUUCAUUACUUGUUGGCGACCUUGUCUAUUUCUUAAAAAUUUUAAUGACAUGUUUUAUGAUUUUAAGCUAGAUGUCUGCGAGACAUACGUAGUGCAGUAUUUGUCACUUAUGUGUGUGACGUUCCUAAGUUUAGUCAUUUAAAUGACGGAUUAUAUUUUAAAACUGGGCUAAAAAAAAAAAUGGCAAUGCAAAAUCAGGGACCAGGAAUUUGAUAGCAGGCCUAGGGAUUAGGUCGGGGCCAAAUCCGGCUCGGGAUGCUGGUGUACAGUGCUGGUGGGCAUGAGUCUCUCAGUAUAUAUAAUAUGUGGGGUGCAGAAUUUGUGGGAACAGCUGGGACCAUUUAAUACUGGGGAUCAGUGCUAUUAAUCAUCAGUUCCUCAUUGAAUAGUGACAUAUUGAAGGGCGGUGCUGGCUCAAAAGGCCGAAUGGCCUACUCCUGCACCUGUUUCCUAUGUUUGUAUAUUGCUGGUGAACGAGGUUUUAAUUUCAAGUUUAGUUCAGAGUUUUUGCAUGGAAACAUGCCUUUCUGCUCACUGAGUCAAUCUGACCAGGAAGGGGAUAUGGAGGUGAAUGGGAACAGGAUGGGGUGGUGGCUGAGAGGAGGAUGAUGUGGGCAAGAUUGUGUGGGUGUGUUGCAAGUGGCAGUCCCUGAAACUCACCAUUUAUGUUCAGCCUGAGCCCGUUCAGGCAGCAUCAGGGCCACAGAUGUCAAGGCCCACAGAUCAGCACAUGUAGAAUUCUUCUAAAUGUUUAUCAAAGCAGAGGAGACGGGACAAAGCAAAUACCAAGAUCACAAAUCCAUGGCAUAAGAUGGUAAAUCAAAUUACGGAAAAUUAUAUAUCAAAUAUUACAAACUGUUAGUUAAGAUACUAUAACCGUAACAUUCACGUCACUCUCACUGAAGAAUUUUUUUUUUUGCAAUAAUUUGAAAGAAUUAUCUGUUUAAUUUUUUUUUCUGAUGAGAUUUUGUCUGAUCAGUGUGUCCAUGUGUGUGUGCAUGUCCAUGUGUGCUUAGUGUGAAUGUGUGUGUACAUGUGUGUCCAUGUGUGCUUGCUAUGUGUAUGUGGGUGUGUGUACGUGUAUGUCCAUGGGUGAUUAGUGUGAAUGUGUUUAUGUGUACAUGUGUGCUUGGUGUGUGUAUGUGUGUGUCUGUGAGUGUGUGUCCAUGUGUGCUUAGUGUGAAUGUGUUUGUGUGUACAUGUGUGCUUGGUGUGUGUAUGUGUGUGUCUGUGAGUGUGUGUCCAUGUGUGCUUAGUGUGAAUGUGUUUGUGUGUACAUGUGUGUCCAUGUGUGCUUGGUGUGUGCUUAGUGGGUGUGCGUACAGGUGUGUCCAUGUGUGCUUAGUGUGUGUAUGUGUGUGUCUGUGAGUGUGCCUGUGUGUACAUUGAUGUGUGUACGUACUAAGUCUGCGUGGCAGUUUGGGUUCCAAUCACUUCCCAGCUGGAGUGUGGGGGGGAGAUGGG